CCACAGCCAUAUUUGAGCGUGGAGUGGCAUAAGGUGCGCCACUGCGUGUUUGAGCGCGACAUAUUUGUUGGGAUCAUAUCAGCUGGAGCAGGCGGACUCGCUGAAGCUGUGCCCGCUGGUUGAUAUUUGUCUGGAAAAACGAAACGCAGUCUGUAGCCCGUGUCGAUACUUCGUUUAUCCCCGGUCCUUUCUGCACCGAGGGUUCGACAACAUGGACGUGAACGUGAGCCGCUGUCACCGUAUCAUCGCAUGUCUGGUCUUUAUUGUGGUUUGCUCGGUUAGGGGGUUACAGGGUGGUUUAGAUCGUCCAUUGAUGGGGGCGCCCGGGGCACCGGUUCACAUAUCGGAGUCAGACCCGGAGGUCAUUAAAGCUGUGAAAUUUGCCGAGGAACGUUACAAUGCAGAAUCCAAUGGCAUGCACAUACGCAAAGUCAGCAAAAUAAUAUCCGCUAGGAAACAGUUGGUUAAAGGAGUGCAAUACAGCAUCACAGUAGAGAUUGGGCGAACUCAAUGCAAAAAGACUGCAGUCCUGAAUGUUUCUGAGGAAUGUGAAUUUUUCCAAGAGCCACACAAGCAGAAGACAGAGGUGUGUUUGUUCGAGGUAUGGGACAUUCCCUGGGAGAACAAGUCUGUUCUGCUCCGACAAAAAUGCCAGCCUGCGGUUCAAAAGGAGACUUCGGUUGCAAAGGAGACCCAAAAAGUAGCACAUGUGCCCCUCUAUCGCAACAAGCCCACCAAGGAGUCUUCAGAGCUUCUAACUCAGUUCAAAGAGUUCAUGUUCACAUACAACCGUACAUACAGCUCCCAAGAGGAGGCUGAGAAGCGUCUGCGCAUUUUCCAGCAGAAUCUGAAAACAGCAAAGAAACUGCAGAGUCUGGACCAGGGCACGGCCGAGUAUGGAGUUACCAAGUUCAGUGAUCUCACAGAGGAUGAGUUUAGAAUGAUGUACCUGAACCCCAUGUUGAGCCAGUGGAGUCUGCAGAGGAAGAUGAAGCCAGCAGUCCCAGCCAACAGGUCAUCCCCAUCCAGCUGGGACUGGAGAGAGCACGGAGCCGUCAGCCUUGUCAAGAACCAGGGGUUCUGUGGCUCCUGCUGGGCAUUCUCUGUCACAGGGAACAUUGAAGGCCAGUGGUUCAAGAGGACCGGACAACUGCUGUCCCUCUCUGAGCAAGAGCUGGUGGAUUGUGAUAAACUGGACCAAGCUUGUGGGGGUGGGCUUCCAUCCAAUGCGUAUGAAGCUAUCGAAAACCUUGGAGGUCUUGAGACAGAGACUGACUACGGCUACACAGGACACAAGCAGAGGUGUGAGUUUUCCUUUGGGAAAGUGGUGGCCUACAUCAACAGCUCGGUAGAGCUGCCCAAGGACGAGAAUGAUAUUGCUGCGUGGCUGGCUGAGAAUGGGCCUGUGUCUGCUGCCCUCAAUGCUUUUGCCAUGCAGUUCUAUAGGAAGGGAGUGUCUCAUCCUCUGAAGAUAUUCUGCAAUCCUUGGAUGAUUGAUCACGCAGUGCUACUCGUCGGAUAUGGAGAACGCGAUGGCAUUCCUUUCUGGGCCAUCAAGAAUAGCUGGGGAGAAGACUAUGGAGAGCAGGGUUACUAUUACCUGUACAGAGGAACCAGAUUGUGUGGAAUUAACAAGAUGUGUUCAUCUGCAGUGAUUAACUAGGGCACACACAAGCACACGCUAAACCUUACUAUCUAUAUGUAAUAAACAUCAUUAAGGAUGAUGCUUAAGCUCUGAUGUGUGAAGCAUUUAUCUCUACUAUAUAGGUCUGUAGAAACUAGGACUACCAGUCCUCUUUUCAUAAAAAAAACCCUUAAAAUGAUUUUCACAAAUGUAGUUUCAUCCCUCUGUGAUUUACCACAGACUGCAUUGUAUUUUCUAGCCAUAACAGUUUAAGAAGUCCUCAUCUCUUGCAUUUGCAUAAUUUUGGGUAUACUACCUCUUGGGUGAUGGUAUGUGGAAAGAUUAAAUCUGUUUUUGAAUGAGCUUCUCCUCACACCUUAAAAUAGAUUUUUUCAGUGAAGGUUCUGGUGUUGGUACAGGAAGCCUUAGGUAACAAUAAACUGCUGACAUGCAUUGUUGUUUGCUGACAUAGAAAUUGAUUACUGUUAAUUUGCUGACAUGUUGAUGAAUUGUAGAUAACCUGUUGCUAGGACAUAUUUAUCUGGUAGAUAAUGUAUUUCACAUGUUAUUAGUUAUGUCCUAGGCCACCAAGCACAAGUAUUUCUACCAAGACUUUUCAGUUAGCACAUGUGCUGAGAGGAAGAUUCUUUAUGUUUUUAUGAGAUAAGGGAUGAAUGAUCACUACUCUCAUAACCUCAAUUUCCCUUAUUAACAUAACACCUGCAAUUACAUUAAGCCAGUUACUGUGAUAAGAAAGGUCAAAUCCUUAGAUUGCCUCUUCAGACCCAUGUUUCAUUAUGGUAUUAGAUAUUUGUGUGUAUUAACUUUUGAACUAAUAUUUAAAUGAUGUUUUUGGAAAGAACUGCUGUAACAUUGUAAUUAAUAUAAUGCUUAUAUAUGUUGUUGUUUUUUUCAACUCCAUUGUAGUGAUGUAGGCUGAAAUUUCACUGUUCCUCUGUCUUAAAUGGACUGCAUACUUCUACUGAUUAAUGAAGCUGCCUCGCAAAUACUGAUGAAUACUUUUUUAAUGUUGUCAUUUGUGGUGAUAGUGAAAUACUUCUGGACCAAUGUCUACAGAUGUUUGAAACUGCAAUCAUUUUUCACAGUAACUUUUAUUUAACAACCAUGUCCUCUAAACAAACACUGCUGAUAUGCAUCUAAAGUGCCCAUAGCAUAAUGUAUCAAAUAUAUUAACCAACGUUCACUGAACACUGCUCAGUGGUGAUAUUUCUCCAAUCUGUUAUCAGCGCUGCAUUUUCUUUGAAAACGGAGUGAAUGCUUGCUGUUUCUUGCAUGGUAUCAACUUUGGUUGUUGAGUAUGCUUUUUUGUCAUAAAUGUUAUAGAAAGCUACUGAAUAAAGUCCUUAAAUUCCCAAA